AUGCCACGCCCUCCUGACCCGCAACUCGACCCCGCCGGCUACCUCCGGAGCUUAAAUGCUGUUCGGGAGAGGAGCAAAUUGGUCACCGAAAAGGCGCUGCGGAAUGAUCUCAAGCAUUUCGAUGUGGAUAUGGGCAAGUUCCCAGACGUUGUUUCCUUUGUUUCGGGAAUUAUCAAGCGCGAUUACGAUGCCCCUUUCACCAGCAUCCCACCGCACGGGCGCCAUCAACACUUCUGCGUCGGCGGCCGCGACCGUAUAGCGUCGCUUCUUUCUACGUUCCCCGAGGAAGUGGACAAUUCAGAGAAGUGCCGCCGCCUGCUCGACCUCUAUCUCGUGAGCGUGCUGCUCGAUGCUGGAGCGGGAACGGAAUGGAGUUAUAAGAGCAUGGAGAACGGCCGUGUUUACCGGAGAUCAGAAGGUAUCGCGGUUGCCACUUUGGAAAUGUUCAAGCAUGGCUAUUUCUCUGGCAAUCCCGCCAACAAAUUUCAGGUUGACAAGCACGGCCUGGCACAGCUCACUGUCGAGCGAAUAGCCCAGGGCCUGCAGUCGAAGCCGGGUAACACUAUGGCAGGUGUUGCCGGCCGUACUGAUCUUCUUGUUCGUCUUGCGAAAGCCUUGGAUGAGAAGAAGGAGUACUUUGGCGACGAUGGACGCCCUGGAAACAUGAUUGGUAGGCGUGCCCUCUGCCCAAUCUUGACACCCAACAACCUCAACGUUUUCCCCUUCCCCCAGUCCGGGCCUGCCUCCACGGCACCUUGGGAGUCGAUUCUCCCAUUCCACAAGCUUACGCAGUGGCUCUGUUACAGCUUGAUGCAGCCGAUGCAGUCACUUCUGCGUAUCCACUUCGCCGGAACUGAGCUCCUGACUGGUCUUCCCGAGUAUCGGAACGGUGGUCUGUUUAUUGAUCUUGGUGUCUUGACUUUGAAGAAGGAAGACAUGGAGAGGGGUCUUCACAAUUACUCGGAGCAUUUCCGUGUUUCGGGAGCCAAAGGUGUCGAGGUGGCUCCUAUGUUCCAACCUAGCGACGAUGUUGUUGUAGAAUGGCGAGGCGUGACAGUCGGCUUCUUGGACAUGCUAUGCACAGAGGUGAAUAAGGCGCUGAGGAGCGAACUCAAUGGUAAUGAGCUGUCUCUGCCCCAACUUCUUGAGGCCGGAAGCUGGAAGGGUGGUCGUGAGAUUGCUGAGGUCAGCCGGCCGAACACUAAAGAGCCGCCCAUCUUGAUCGACACGGACGGAACCGUCUUUUAA